CUCAAACGCGCCCAUGGUUUUAUGGUGAAGCGCAUGUUUUAUGCAAACCUCUGAUGUCACGUGACUGCUCUAGGAAGUAGCAUAUAUUUUGACACAAAUAUUGAACUAUGCGGUCAUUCAUCGAACUCGACUUUUGCGGGAACAGGUACGCUACAUUUCCAUAUAAUUUUUAAUGUUCAGACUAUGUUUGAUUUAAUAGUUUGAGUGAGAGGGAUUUGGUAUAGAAACUGACUUUAUUGUGAUUGUAAAUUGUCGGAAAAGCUUUUGUUGGGUAACAUUGUAUGCAUCAACGGCAUGCUGUAGCUAAAGUAAUACAGCUAGCAGGUGGAACUGUCAGACCUAUUGUAUGGACAUGGAUAGUGAUGGCCAUGCACAUUAGCGCACAUGGUUUUCAAUAGGCCCUUCACGUGACAUAAUGCAGCGGCAUAAGCUACGGUAGAGAGGACACUAUUCAUGACAAGUGCAUCAUAUUUGAGGGGUCUUUUCUUUGUCCCUUUUUGUUUAUCAGACAAAAUUGAAUAAUAGUAGAAAAUAGCAUCCAUAAGCUGGCUAUUAUUGCUUAUUAUUUAUUAUUCAAGUUCUAUCCUAUAGUUUGGAUGAAGUGGGUAAAGACACUAGACAGAAGGGAUUUGUUAAGUAAUUUGAUAAUGUUGUACUGUUUUGGAAUUGGGUGAAGGCUUCAAGGCGCAAUACAUUUUCACAGGAUUGGUUAUUAUGAGUUUCUACAAAGUUACGUAUUAAGGCUUAAAAUACUGUAUAAUUUAAGAAUGAUACAUUUGUGAAAAGCCAAAUCCAUCCUUUCAGAUCAUCUGGUGGACUGUGUUGCAACUCUGUAAUGUCCUCAGAGUCAACAAUGUGAGCACUGUUAUUCAUCAGGCUGCUCGGGGCUACCUAGUUCGUCAGCACAAAAUUAUCAAUUUAAUGAUUUGUUAGUGCUGCACUUAUGAGUUAAGAGCGGUAUACAAAAUAUGUAUGUAUAGUAUUAGGCUACUUGUACACCACAGAUCUAUAACUCCAAUUUCUAUGUAAAUAUGGUCGGGUCGCCCAAAACGUCUUAAAGAAGGCUUUGGUUACCCAAAGUUGAAAGAAAACGUACAUUUAUGUUCACACUGAAUGACCCAGCCUAUGAUAAUCUUUAUUUUUUUUAAAUGUAUUAGGCUACUGUACAUUAACAUUGUAGGUAGGUCAACAUCCUGCAGUCAGAGCUGUGAUCUUGGUUGUUUGGGAUAGCACAACUCCCAAAUCUUGACUCACCAUCAGGCAUCAGCUAAAAAUGUUAAUGAUUUAAUGAGUGUCCAUCCAUACCAAUAGUAUGAUUCCCAGGAUAAUUCAGUGGCAAUGACCUUUGUUGUUUGCUGUGUAAACUUGAUCGAUACUAGACUAUGAUUUCAGAUGUUUCGGUAAAGUUACGCAAACCAUUUACGGUAGAUGCCUCGUCUGUGUAUCUUGUUAAUGUUGACUUUACUCCUUUGAAUGGGUUCAGUCUAGAAACCAGUGUCUCUCCAUUGAUCUAUUGUCUCAAACCUUGAACCCCAAAACAUGUAGGCCUAAAAGGUUCAACCGCUUAAAUACAAUGAAGGUGGAAAUGUGUAGAGAACAGGAUUGGCCUGUUAUCUACUGACAGAGGAGUUGCCUCUCUUUGACACAAAAAAGAAAGACUUAGAUGAACCUAUCUUUGACACAGACAUGUAGGAGGGUGACGGUGGAGGGGACUGUAGUAGGAAGGUGAUGGUGUCCAUAUGUUGUAGCUCCUGGUAUAGCUCAGAGCUGACCGUUUCCACCCACAAACCAAAUAUGCCACAUUAUUAAGAGUAGGCUAGGCUGCCUCCCAGAAAUCCUGUUUGCAUUGGCAGAAAACCAAUCCACGACUGCAAUCAAUGUGUGUUUUUAAGCCGGUGAAUCAGCCAUUGUGAUUAUGGGUUAGUAACAACUGAAUACUUAGCAAUCCAAACCAGGUCUGUAAAUCACCUUUUUGAAGUUAUUCCUGAGCCGUCUUGCUCUGUCUCUCUCCUGUAGGAGCUGAUCUGUGUUGGACCAGAGAAUGUGGAAAGUUGUGUGGGCAGCACUGCUGCUCCUGGCCACUGUGUGUGCCCAGAGAGGCUAUGCCAAGGAGACCAAGGGAGAACCAAAGGUGGGGCAUGUGUCAGUGGUCAUAGUGGGAGGUACAGGUGACUUGGCUAAGAAGUACCUAUGGCAGGGCUUCUUCCAACUGUACGCUAACCAGGUGAGUAGCGGCUACAGUUUCUCCUUUUAUGGAGGAGGCCUGUUGCCCAAGGAUAAGGCCACGCCGAUCCUGUUUGAGGCGCUAAAGGGAGUGGUCUGUCCUCGGGAGCUGUCUGUGGAGCGCUGUGCCCUGGUGAAGGAGCAGUUUCUGAAGCUGGCUGAGUAUUGGCAGCUGAAGACUUUAGAGGACUACCAGGCCCUGGGCAAACACCUGACAGAGCAGCUGAACCAGGAGGGCAUAGUGGAGGCAGGCAGGCUGUUCUACCUGUCAGUGCCAGCCUUCGCUUAUGCGGACAUUGCAGAAAAGAUCAACAACAGCUGCAGACCGACCAACGGGGCGUGGUUGAGGGUGGUGCUGGAGAAGCCGUUUGGUCAUGAUUUCAGUAGUGCCCAACUACUGUCCACUCAACUGGGUACCUCCCUCAAGGAUGAGGAGAUGUACAGGAUCGACCACUAUUUAGGGAAGCAGGUGAUGUACUAGGGCUCCUUAUCAGUCCCCCGUAGACAUUCACAGAAAACUUUGCCCUUGAGGCAGAUCUUUGUUUUAAUUAUAUUGUUUGCUUUUAUACUCAAAAGGUUGUCUCUAAGAUUUUGCCAUUCAGAAGGGAGAACAGCAAGCAUCUGGAUCCUAUCUGGAACAAGCACCACAUUGAGAGAGUGGAGAUUGUACUGAAGGAGACCCUGGAUGCCAGAGGUACUGUGGUCCCAGAAAACGGACCAUUUCACAUUUGAUGUUCACUUAAGCAAGUGUAGUAACCCCAUCUAUAAGAAGAUGUGAUGGUGCCAGUAAUAUCACCUGUCAUGAAGUGUUUGAUUUACUCUCCUUUUGUCACAGGUCGUAUUCCCUUCUAUGACCAGUACGGUGUGAUCAGAGACGUGAUACAGAACCACCUGACUGAGGUUAUGACCCUUCUGACCAUGGGGCUCCCAGCCAACCUGAGCGACGUGAAGGAGGUCCUCAGGAACAAGCUGAAGAUCUUCAGUGCCUUGCAGCACCUGGACAGGAACUGUGCUACCAUUGGUCAGUACCAGACCUACAAUCUAGAGGUACAGGAAGAACUGAACAAAACAAAGGAGUAUUACAGCCUCACCCCCACCUUUGCUGGUAAGUGUUAUGAGAACGUUUGUCUGUAGGAGUUUCGCUUUGAGCCUGUGCAUGAAUAAAAAAAGUUGCCAGUUGUAUAACAGAAGGAAUUUGUAUUAUAAUAUACUAAUAACUAGGGGUAUCAGAGUUAAUCAGUUAACUCAAGUUAACUUUUUUUGUGAUUUUAGUGCACAAUGCUUUUUAAAUUGUGAUUAAUCACAUUGUCUGAAAGCAUUCAAAAUACACUGAAAACAUCCAAAAUACAUAAUCUAAGGUUAAAAACCACAAUGCAAUGUCAAAACAAGUUGACAUUGAGGUUAGAAAAGUGUGUUUUAUCAAUUUACCUGAUUUUGCUAACCGUUACUUUCGGACAAAAUCAAGACGUAAAUAUGUGCUUUUUGUAUAAAAUAAAUCUUAAAUUACAGCUCAAUUUGAGCAAAUUCAGAAUUUGCGAUUAAUCACAGUAAAUCCUGCGAUUAACUUGAUGAAAUGAUUUUAUCGUUUGACAGUCCUAGUAAUAACAUAUGAUACAUAGAUUAUUUGUAGUGAUGAAACAUACUUUUUGUUUUUCUAUUUCAGGUAUCAUGGUGCAUGUUGACAUAGCCCAGUACGAGAAAAUGCCAAUCAUCCUGACCUCAGGUAAGAUGCUGGAUGAGCGCUUAGGCUAUGCUCGCAUUUUGUUCAAGAAUGACAUCUUCUGUGUCCAGAGCCAUGACAGCGUCCACUGCAAGCCUAAGCAGAUUGUGUUCUACUUUGGCCAUGGCACUCUGCAGUACCCAGCCAUUCUCGUGAGUAAGAACCUGUUCAAGCCAGACCUGAUGGACACUGAGUGGAAGGAGGUAACAGAACACAAAGAUGUCAGUGUAUUAGGUAUGCCCAUCUCUGACUACUAUGUGCUGACACCAACGGUGCAGAGAGAGGCUUAUACAGAACUCAUUUUGCACAUCUUCCAAGGCCGGAAGGACAGCUUUAUCAGUACUGAGAACCUGCUGGCCUCCUGGGGUUUCUGGACACCUCUCCUGCACGGUCUGGCCAAAACCUCCCCCCGCCUGUACCCCGGGGGAGCGGACAAUGGCAACUUGCUGGACUUCAGACUGUUAGGACGGGAGGUGACCUUCGCCAACGAGGCUGUGGUCAUGAUCACCCAAGACCACAUGGGCGGAUCUGGGGCAGAGAGCUUCCAAGUGAUGCAGGGGAAGUACCGCAGCGCUGACAUGGUGUCUGCCUGGCCCGAGGAGCUCAUCGUGCGGCUGGCCGCAGACCUGCAGGCUGCUGCGGAGAAUGCGGUAAGGGAGGGCGGCCGCUUCCACCUGGCCCUCUCCGGGGGCUCCAGUCCCCUAGCUCUGUUCCAGAGGCUGGCCCGCCACCACUACUCCUUCCCCUGGAGGGACACCCAUGUGUGGAUGGUGGACGAGCGAUGCGUGCCUCUCACAGAGUUGGACUCCAACUUCCGCACCCUGCACGACCAGCUGCUCCAACACGUGAAGAUGCCCUAUUUCAACAUCCACCCCAUGCCUGUGCAGAUGAACCAGCGGCUGUGUGUGGAGGAGGAUAGUGGAGCGCUGCUCUAUGAGAGAGACAUCACCCAGCUGGUUAACGCCUCCAGCUUCCACUUUGUCCUUCUAGGAGUGGGCUACGACGGCCACACCGCCUCCCUCUUCCCAGGCAGCAAGCUUGACACCCAUGGGGACAGUCUGGUAGCCCUCACCGAGAGCCCAGCCAAGCCUCACCAGCGUAUGAGCCUCACCCUCAGGGCUAUCAACCAGGCCCAGAAAGUAGGUGUGCUGGUGAUGGGUAAGAGCAAACAUGAGCUGGUCACCCAGCUCAGCCGAGUCAAGGACAACCCAAAAAAGUGGCCCGUCACUGGGAUCCGGCCGACCAGUGGCAGGCUAGUAUGGUACAUAGACUAUGAUGCUCUUUUAGGAUAGCAAACAGCUGCUUUUGGCUCUGUGAUACUGUAGCAAUGAAAUUAUGUUCAUUUAAGUGGAAAUGAAGGAUUUGCUGUAAUUGUACUAUUUUGCUGAAUUUUGACCAAGAAUGUAAAGUAAUGAUAAGAUGAUUUCAUCUCAGGAAAGCAAAGUGGAUAUGGAAGUGUGUUAUUCACAUCAUGAAUCAAGACUAACUAUAUUUUAUUUUGUUGUAAAAACAGUAUAUUUUCACAUAAAGCUACCCAUUCCACACAGAACCUACAUAGAAUAGGAUUGUUAAAAGGAGACUUUAAACUGUGAAAGACCAAUCAUUUUGGUUAAAAUCUAAUUCAAUCAAAUGUGGCCCUAUGGUAAAUGGAUUUGGACCUUUUGCUCCUAUGGUCGACAUAUAAUGUAGACUAUAGUCAUGUAUUAUUGUAUUUGUGCCUCAAUGACAAAUUAAAUAAAAAUACAUAAUGUAAUGUACUGUCCAGUAGAUUAAAUGACAUAAAAAACAUAAUCUGAUCCAUUGCUGCUUUUGUUUUAAUCUAUACUCAUGGAUAAAUAUAUAUAUAUAUAUAUAU